GGAUCAUGUGAUAGAUUAGUCCACCACUGAACUUACUGAAAUUACAAAUAAGUCCUUAAAUAUGAUUUUGUUUUUUUGUUAUUUCCUUCAUGCAAACUGAAAAGUGGUCCCAUACAUCAUCUGUAUUAGGAAGGAUCAUUAACAUUGUGUCAUAAUUUCUUCACCAGAGAAUCAAUAAGCAAUGAAGGAUCACAACUCACAAGCACUAUAAAAAAUUUCGCCAUUAUUCUCCUAGCAGAACUAGCAGUAACAUGCGAACUACUCUUGUAGUUUUCCUUGUUUCAUUGCUGCAAUGCACUUCUCAAGUGGUUGUAGCAAAAGAUAUUAUGGAGUCUGGCCAAAACAUAACUUCAGAAUCUUCAUCAAGCUUUCUUGUUUCAGCUGGACAGAGAUUUGUACUAGGCUUCUUUCCUCGUCCCGAAAACAAAUCAGAAAGUUACCUGGGGAUAUGGUACAACAGUGAUCAAACACAAUACCCUGGAAAACAAACAGUGGUAUGGGUUGCCAACAGAGACAUUCCUGUUGUGAGUUCCAAUGUUGGAGUCUUUCAUAUUGCAGAUGAUGGAAACCUUGUACUAGAAGAUGCAUCGAGUAAAGGACGCUAUUGGUCCACAUCAAUAAGCUCUGCAUCCACGGCGACGAACAAAACAAGGAGAGUGCAGCUAAUGGAUUCUGGGAAUCUGGUAUUGUUCCAUGAAGAAGAAGAUGGAGAUUACAUAUGGCAAAGCUUCCAACACCCCACAGACACGUUUCUUCCGGGAAUGCAGAUGGACAUGGAUGGCAUGGAAUUAAGGAGUGGAAACUUCACCUUCAAGAUGGUUCCAACUCAAAAUUAUCGGAAGAAGCGUUAUGUCAUCUACUUGAAUGAUCAACUCUAUUGGGAAAAUGAUGGACUCAAUUCAGAUGCACUGAGCCCUGACAAACUCGAAUAUUUAACUAACUGGACAGAGAUCGAUAUCCCUACGUCUUCACGUACGAAAGGUGUGAAUCGGACGAUGAAACUUUCAGCCACUAUGAACAAAUCCAGCACUGGGACCUGGGAAACCUUUUAUAAGAAAUACAUGAACACAAGAAUUGUGAUGAACUCUUCAGGGGAGAUACAGUAUCUGAAGUGGGAAGAGGAAGACUCUACAGGUGCAGGAUGGACGAUGUUAUCGAACCAGCCAUCGGACAAGUGCCAUAUAUAUAAUUUUUGCGGCAACUUUAGUAGCUGCGACAUUGCAGAUGAUUUGAGGAUCUGCAAAUGUUUACCAGGGUUUAAGGAGAAUCAGAUUCAGAGCGAUGAGGGAGGGUCCAGAUUCCCAGGAUGUAACAGAAGUACACUAUCACUGUCUGACAGCAGAGGCAUGAUGUUCAUUAACUUGACCAUGGUGAGAGUGACCGCACCAGACUUCAAAUCCCCCGCAGAAAGCGAAGAUGAAUGCCGGAUUUCGUGCCUUCACAUGCAUCUUCCCCGGUGCCAAGCUUAUUCGUAUAAUCGCUCUGUUUCAGAUUAUGAUCGUGUUCCUCUCACAUGUGGAAUUUGGACACAGGAUUUAACUACUCUUCAAGUGGUCCAAGAUGAUGGUGCUGCUACUGCUUCUCUUUCUGUUCUGGUCAACCGUUCAGAUAUAGCACCAAAGGCAAAAUCUUGUGAGCCUUGUGGUAUAUACGUAAUUCCUUAUCCCCUAAGCACUGGACCAAGCUGUGGGGAUGCCACCUACAACAAGUUCAUCUGCAACAACUCAACAGGGCAGCUUAACUUCACAAUCCCCAGUGGAGAAUCGUACCGAGUUACUUGGGUAGACCAAAAUACUAGAAGGUUUUACAUUCAAACCAGCAAUUCUUAUCGCUGUGAUUCCAGCAGUCAAAAUAGAGUCCUUGAUCCUCCCUUUAAUGUCACCAACUGGUGCUACGGAGCAGAUGAAAUUGAGGUCAGUUGGGAUCCAGCGCCAGAACCCCCCUGUAAUCACCUCACAGACUGCAAUGGUUGGCCUCAUUCAACAUGCCGACAAAAAUUUCAUCCAGGGGAAAAGAGGUGCUUUUGCCAUUCAAAAUAUCACUGGGAUGCCUCAACUCUUAGUUGUACUCAAGGAGAGGAAUCAAAAAACCACAAAUUGCUAUUGGUUGUAACUCUUACAGUCAUGCUUUUGCUAGCAUUUCCAGUGAUAUUUGCAUAUGUAUGGAGAAUCAAGACAAACCCCAAGAUUGACAGGGCGAACAUUCUAAUACAGGAGAGCUUGCAUGAUAGUGAAAGACAAGUCAAAGGUUUGAUAGGUUUGGGAGGUUUAGAAGACAAACACAGUGAAAGCAUUGAAGUGCCUUUUUAUACUUACAGAAGCAUUGUAGCAGCUACUGAUAAUUUCUCUGAGUCAAACAAGCUUGGAAGAGGAGGUUAUGGACCAGUCUACAAGGGAAGGUUUCUCGGAGGCCAAGAUAUUGCUGUAAAAAGGCUUUCAAGUUUUUCAACACAAGGCUUAGAGGAAUUCAAAAAUGAGAUUGUUUUGAUUGCCAAACUCCAACAUCGGAACCUUGUUAGACUCAGAGGCUAUUGCAUAAAGGGAGAUGAGAAGAUUUUACUUUAUGAAUACAUGCCGAACAAGAGCUUGGACUCUUUCAUAUUUGACCGUUCAAGAACUUUACUCCUUGAAUGGCCAAUGCGGUUUGACAUAAUCCUAGGCAUUGCACGAGGAUUGCUUUAUCUUCACCAAGACUCUAGACUAAGAAUAAUUCAUAGAGAUCUAAAAUCUAGCAACAUUCUUCUAGAUGAGGAUAUGACUCCAAAGAUUUCAGACUUCGGCCUGGAUAUAUGGCACCAGAAUAUGCUUUGGACGGGUAUUUUUCAAUCAAAUCCGAUGUUUUCAGCUUUGGUGUAGUCUUAUUAGAGAUUCUCAGUGGAAAAAAGAACACAGGAUUCUUUCAAUUCAAACAAACUGCUACCCUUUUGGGAUAUGCAUGGGGACUAUGGACAGAGAAUAGACUUAUGAAUUUAAUGGAUACAUCUUUCAGUGGAACUUGCAAUGAGAAUCAAUUUACGAAGUGUGCACAAAUUGCACUCUUGUGUGUGCAAGAUGAACCAGGUGAUCGACCAACCAUGUCAACUGUUGUGACAAUGCUUGAUAGCGAAAUUGCAACCAUCCCUAUUCCUACGCAACCAACAUUUUAUGCAAUUAGAAGGACUACAAGCACUACUGCAUCUUCUUCGAGCAGACCAGAAACAACCAUGCAAAUUGAGAGCAGUUAUCAAGAAGGGAGAUAGAUAGUACAUGGUGGAUUAGACUCUAAUAUGGUAGAAAAUAGAAUCAUGAAAAGUUAUGGUAUAUAGGGUUUAAAGAAAAUAGAAUCAUGAAAAAUUUAAGCUAUAGCUGUGUGCUUAUAAGAAGAGCAAUGUUGAUUCCUCUGCAAGGAACCUAUGGAGGUGCAGAAAUCCACAUAUUUGGCACAUUGUGCCAUUUCUCUUCUAUCUCUGCAAAUACUAACAAACUGUAAUUGGUUAAAUAUCAACUUUUAGUAUGAAUUUGCCGAAAUAUAAUAUGUGAAACGUGUUAAU